CAAAAUAAUUCUAACCAAACAUUAUUUUUAAUAAAUCUGUGUUUUUUAUGAUUACGUUACAUUAUCGCACAAAAGUUAUUUAUGUAAGCCGAACUAGGUAUGUCUUCCAACAACUUGUUACGAAAAUGCAAAGUAGCCGUUUGUCAAUUCACGGCGACCAAUAACAAAUCCCACAAUUUCUCCGUUGUUAAACGGCUAAUAGAACGAGCUAAAAAUGAGAACGCCCAAAUGGCCUUCCUACCCGAAGCCUGCGAUUACAUCGCUUCGAACAAAGCCGAAGUGACCCAACUAGCCGAGGAAAUCGACGGUCCGCUGGUCACCGAAUACAAAGCUAUAGCCAAAACCAAUCGAAUGUGGCUAUCGAUCGGCGGCUUCCACGAAAGAUGCAACGAAAACACAGUGUACAACAGCCACCUGCUAAUCGACGACUCCGGAACCAUCAAAUCAAUCUACAGGAAAAUCCACCUGUUCGAUGUCGAGCUCCCCGAACAACGCAUCAGCCUCAAGGAAUCGGACACUUGCAAAGCCGGCUCGGAGUUACUGGCACCGAUCGAAACGCCCGCAGGAAUGCUAGGCCAAGCCGUCUGCUACGAUUUGCGCUUCCCGGAGCUGAGCCUCCUCCAAACCAGAUUGGGGGCCGACAUAUUAACCUUCCCGUCGGCGUUUACAGCCACAACGGGCGCGGCUCACUGGGAGACUCUCCUACGAGCCAGGGCCAUCGAAAACCAGUGCUACGUGAUCGCUGCGGCGCAAUACGGCCAGCACAAUAACAAAAGGACCUCCUACGGCCAGUCGUUGGUCAUCGAUCCCUGGGGUAACGUCCGAGCGGAGUGCCCCAAAUACACCGAAGGCAUCGCGACCGACGAAAGUGUAGCUGUAGCUGAAAUAGACGUUGAUUAUUCGGAUAAAAUAAGACGGGAAAUGCCCGUGCGGCGGCAUCGUAGGAACGAUAUCUACGAGUUGAAUUUAGUGCCUUCUACUGUAGAGGAAAUUGGCGAAUGCAAUUACAGUUUCGCCGAUAAAGUUAUACCUAGUUCUACUGUGUUCUACCGAUCGAAGCACUCGUUUGCUUUUACGAACAUCCGAUGCGUUGUUCCGGGGCACGUUCUCGUGGCCCCUUUGAGAUUAGCUCCUAGAUUACAGGAUUUGACUAAAGAAGAGGUGGCGGAUUUAUUCCAAACUGCUGUUAGAGCUCAGAAGGCUGUAGAGCAAGAGUAUGGAGCGGAUUCUUCUAAUUUAUGCGUACAAGAUGGUGAAUCAGCCGGCCGGACUGUGCCUCAUGUACACGUGCACAUUUUGCCUAGGAAAGCCGGGGAUUUCCAGAACAACGACGAUGUUUAUAUGGAAUUGGCGAAACACGACCGCGGGAACAACGCUAAGCCGAUCAGGUUGUUGCAGGAAAUGUCUGACGAGGCCGGUCGGUUGAAGACUUUUUUUAAUUUGUAGAAAUAUAUUUUUGGUUUAAAUGAUCGUGGAUGUUUAAUGACA